UGUUAUCAAACCGAAGUUCUGAAUCUUUUUAUGAAAAAUUGAUUCUUUCAGGAAGAUAAAAUGAUGCAACAGCAGAAUUUUGGGCCCCCAGGGGGGUUCCAGCCACCUCGACCCGGAAUGAGACCAAUGGGGCCGCCGGGACAAAUGGGACAACCCCGGCCAAUGGGCCCACCCGGUCAAAUGCCUAUGGGCUUAGCCGGACAAAUGCCAAUGGGCCCACCAGGCUCAAGACCUAUGGGCCCACCAGGACAACUUUCUACUCAAAUGUCUGGAAUGAAUCUAGGACCUAACAAACCUGGUCCAGGACAGUUUAGACCGGUUGGACCUCCAGUAGGUCAGCAGGGACCCAGACCAGGAGGUCCUAAUGGACUUCCAGGAGGGGGUCCGUUAGUGAAUGGACACCAGUCCAAUGGUAUGAACGGACAAGAUAGGAUUUCACCUGUCAAUGGUCAACCUAAUAGUAUGCAAGGGUCACAGUCAAAUCCAUCCUCACAGUCUGGAAUGCCCCCUUCAUCAAUGCCCCCAUCCUCAAUGCCCGGCAUGCCCCCAUCCUCAAUGCCCGGCAUGCCCCCAUCAUCAAUGCCUGGUAUGCCUCCAGCUUCUAUGCCCGGUAUGCCCUCGUCUUCUCUGCCCGGCAUGCCCUCCCAAUCCAUUGGCGGAGCUCCCCGCCCUAGUUUCAACCCUCAAUCUAUGGGCGGAUCAAGUGCACCUAUCACAAGGCCAGGAAUGCCUCCAAUGUCACAAGGAGGAGGAAUGAUGCCUCCACAGAGCAGUAUGGGUGGUCCUCCGAUGAUGGGAGGUCCUCAACCUCCCAGUAUGGGAGGACAGCAACCUCAGAGCAGAUUUCAACAGCCUCCUGCAAUAGGAGGUCAACAGCCCCCAAUGAUGGGAGGACCACAACCAAUGAUGGGAGGACCUCAGCCUCCAAUGAUGGGAGGGCCACAGCCUCCGAUAAUGGGAGGGCCACAGCCUCUGAUGAUGGGAGGUCAACAGCCACCAAGAAUGGGUGGGCCACAACCACCUUCAAUGAGUGGACAACAACCCCCUAUGAUGGGGGGACCUCAGCCUCCAAUGAUGGGUGGGCCACAGCCUCCAAUGAUGGGGGGCCAACAACCUGGAUAUCCUAUUCAACCUAUGGGACCAGGGAUUAGUGGACCUGGAGUGAGUGGACCUGGAAUGGGAGGACCAGGAAUGGGAGGACCAGGAAUGGGAGGACCAGGAAUGAGUGGACCAGGAAUGAAUGGACCAGGAAUGAAUGGACCCGGUAUGAGUGGGCCAGGAAUGGGAGGACCAGGAAUGAGUAUGGGAUAUCCAAGUGGCAUGAAUGCUCCAAAUCAAAGGAAAUCUCUGGAUCCAGAUUCAAUGCCAAACCCUAUCCAGGUUAUGGAGGAUGAUGUGAGGAGUUUCAGCACAGGAGAGUUUUAUACAGAUGCAAAGGGAAAAGUUCCUCCUCUUGUUACAACACCGUUUAUUACUAGGGAUGCUGGAAACUCAGGUCCACAGCAUAUUCGGUCGACGAUGUACACUGUCCCCGACACACCGGACAUGAAGAAGCAGACCGGAGUUCCAUUCGGCCUCGUCAUCAGUCCUCUGGCGGAUACACAAGACGGCGAAUAUCCACCCCCGAUAGUUAAUCUUGGGGAGCUAGGACCGGUUCGUUGUACAAGAUGUAAAGCGUACAUGUGUCCUUUUAUGGUGUUCACUGAUGGUGGAAAGCGGUUUGCCUGUGUGUUUUGUAAAGCUACCACUGAAGUUCCACAGGAAUAUUUCCAACACUUGGAUCACACCGGACAAAGGAUGGAUAAGAAUGAGAGACCUGAACUGUGUUUGGGAACUUAUGAGAUAAUUGCCACCAAGGAUUAUUGCAGGGAUUCUAAGCCCCCUAAACCUCCUGGCAUCCUAUUUGCUAUUGAUGUAUCCUAUCCAAUGAUGAAGGAAGGAAUUGUUCACCUAAUCUGCCAAAAUAUGAAGGAAAUCCUACGUGGGUUACCAGUUGAUAGUGCUGCUGGAUAUUCUAAAUCCAACAUGAAGGUUGGGUUUAUGACGUAUGACCGUAGUAUAAACUUCUACAACAUAAAUCCUCUUCUAGCUCAGCCUCAGCAGAUGACAGUAGGAGACGUAGAGGAUAUGUUUGUACCAAUGGCCGAGGGUUUGAUGGUUGACAUCACUGAAUCUGAGGCGAUCAUUGAUAGUUUAAUGGAGCAGUUACCUACACUCUUCUCAGAGACUAGAGAAACUGAAACUAUUCUUGGACCAGUCAUACAGGUAUUAGAUGACAGAAAGUGCCUUGGAACUGACAGAGAAAAAACUGUUCUUGCGCCGCAGAAUAAGUUCUACAAUGAUUUAGGCCAAGAAUGUGUAACUGUGGGUUGCUCUGUGGAUCUUUUCCUUUUUAACAACGCAUACAUCGAUAUAGCUACGCUCAGUCAGGUUUGUCGGUUGACCGGAGGGCAGGUUUAUAAAUACACAUACUUUCAAUCCGACCUGGACGGAGAGAGAUUCAUCUCCGAUCUUGCUCACAAUAUUUCAAGAACGGUUGUGUUUGACGCUAUAAUGCGAGUACGAACUAGUACCGGAGUAAGACCUACGGAUUUCUACGGAGCCUUCUUCAUGGCAAAUACAACUGAUAUGGAGCUUGCCAGCGUGAAUGCUGAUUCAGCUCUAACAGUCGAGAUUAAACAUGAUGAUAAAAUAACAGAUGAAGAUGGAGUUUAUAUACAGGGUGCCCUACUAUACACCAGUGUAUCUGGACAGCGUAGAUUAAGAAUAAUAAAUCUAAGUUUGAACGUGAGCGACAACAUGGGGGAAUUAUAUAGGAACUGUGAUUUGGAUACAGUCGUCAACUUUCUCGCCAAACAGAAUAUUUCCAAGCUGAUGGAGAGUAACCCUAAAGCAGUAAAGGAAUCCCUAAUGCAGCAGUGUGCCCAGAUCUUGGCUUGCUACAGGAAAAACUGUGCGUCCCCCAGUUCUGCAGGGCAGUUAAUCCUCCCUGAGUGCAUGAAGCUGCUACCCCUGUACACCAACUGCCUGCUCAAGUCCGACGCUAUUUCCGGGGGAACAGACCUCGGAUGCGACGACAGAGCAUUCGCCAUGUCAGCUGUCAGCAGUAUGGACGUGGCUUCAAGUGUUGUUUACUUUUACCCCAGAUUGAUUCCUCUUCAUGAAUUGAACACAGAAGAAGAUGAUGUUCCGAAACAGAUACGGUGCACCAUAGAGAAGGUUAAAGAUGAUGGAGUUUAUCUACUGGAGAAUGGAAUACAUAUGUUGAUGUUUGUCGGGCUAGCAACUAACCCCUCUUGGAUACAGGAUGUUUUUGGUGUACAGACAGCUGCACAGAUAGACAUUGAUAAAACUAAACUCAUAGAAAGAGAUAACCCACUCUCAAGGCGUGUAUGUGAUGUUAUCUCUAAAAUAACUAGCUUGAGAUCGAGGAAGAUGAAACUAACGAUCGUCAGGCAGAGGGACAAGCUGGAGAUCAUUUUCAAGCAUUUCCUGUGUGAGGACCGCUCUUCCGCAUCCGAGUCAAGUUUCUCUUACGUCGACUUCUUGUGCCAUAUGCACAAAGAAAUCAGAGCAAUCUUGUCCUAAAUGUCGUCUUCUUUACUAAAGGUCGUCUUCUAACAUAUGGAUAAACUGGUGUCCCAAGGACAAGCGGUAUUGUCCCAAAAGACCAAUUUUUUUUGUCCUAAGAACAGCCUGAACGUGUCCUAAGGACGUGGUUAUUUAAGAUUGUCCUAAAGUGCAGUCAAUCAUUUUUUUAUUGAGUGCAGAAAUGUGAAUGGCCCAGUUAAAUUAUCGGAAAUUUUAAUUCUUUGUUUGGUCCUCCUUUUGGUUUAAAAGAAAGUUCUCUUCGAUCCCUGAUUUGUCAAUUGUUAUAUAUUAGACAAAAUCACAUUUGGAAGCGUUCUUACAUUAUCUAUAUCGAUUAUCGAACCUGUAUUUUAUCUAAACUAUAGUUGAUAUAUUACUAAAAUACUUUUUAGCAUUUUCAAGCUGAACUUUUUAUUUUUCCUAAUUAUACUUUUAAUUAAAACCCAUAUUGUCAUUACUCUAAAAAUGUGUAAUCGUAUUAAAGAAAUUUACAGUGUGAUAAACUUUUUUUAAUGUGGGGGGGGGAGGGGGGCUUUAAUACUUCUGUUUCUUGCUUAUACGGUUUAAAUGUGUAUACUGUAUGUACAGUGUGUGUACAGUACUAAGUAUAUGGGAGAAGGUUUGAAACUGAGCAAUGAGAAUCCAAAUUAUAUAAUUAUUAAUUAUGUAUUUAUCAUUAACGAUUUUAUUAUUGUAGACAAAUAUAUUUUAUUUUAAA